ACCCACGCCGAAGCCGACCUCGCGGCCCACAACUAUGCCGACGCGGUCGCCGUCGCCGCGCCCGACCCCGAGGCCCUCGCCGCAUCCGACGCCGGUGCCUGGAACUCCCACGGCAGCACCAGUCUUCGCGCCGACGCCUCGACCCAGCCCGCGGCCGACGCGACAGCCGACGCCGCGCCCAUCGCCACCGCCAACCCCCACGCCUGGUGACCCGACGCCGCGCCCCGUCUUCAGCCCGACGCCAAGGCCUACCUCUCGACCAACUCGCCAGCCCUCGCCGAAACCGACGCCCGCGCCGAGCGCGCGCCCUAUGCCGAAGCCGACGCCAGCCCCGACGCCAAGGCCUACGCCGCGCCCGUCGCCCGUGCCGACGCCCGCGCCCAGCGCGCGCCCUACGCCGAAGCCGACGCCGAAGCCGACGCCAGCCCCGACGCCGAGGCCUACGCAGCGACCCACGCCGUUGCCGACACCGCGACCCACGCCUUCGCCGACCUGGUCGCCGACGCCGCGGCCUACGCCGCGCCCAUCGCCGUCGCCCACCGUCAGGCCGGGCAGCCCGACGGCGCGGCCGGUCUUCAGCCCGACGCCGCGCCCGACGCCGCAGCCGACGCCACGGCCUACGCCAAAUCCGACUUGGAAGCCGACGCCUCGGCCGACACCUAUACCCUCGCCAUUGCCGACGGCGCGGCCGACUCCAUCACCAAUCCCAGCGCCGACGCCGCGGCCCUCACCGCGGCCAACGCGAGCACCGACGCCGAGGCCGUCGCCCUCGCCGACCGCGACGCCCGGAAAUCCGACGGCGGCGCCCGUCUUCGCUCCGACGCCGCGGCCGACUCCGGGUCCGACGAGCAGCCCGACGCCAGCUCCGGGCUACUGUUGCUCCACCGGAGACUGCGGCGUCUGCACGGCGGUGUCGACGGUCCAGGCCUGUUGGAACGGAAGAGAUGAGUGCGAGACUUACUGCGGAGUUUGGUGUGUUGGCUCCUGGCAAGAACCGCUGCCCCCGACGCCGUCGCCCGUGGGCACGCCGGCAUUUGUCGUGUCCGGCGACCUCACCUUCGACGGCAUCACGUACGAAACCGCGCUGGCCAGCGUCGACGUGUUCGUGGCCGCCGUCGCCGAUCUAUGUGGCGUCGACGCGUCUCUUGUGAGCGUGGACAUCUCCCAGGCCAGGCGCCGUCACCUCCGUCGUCGCCUCGACGACGCCGGCUCGGUGGUGGUCACGUACACCGUGGCCGUAGAGACCGAGGCGGCCGCUGCAUCUGUCAGCACGUUGAUGGAAGACAGCUCGACCGAGGACGUAAGCGCCGCGGUGAAGAAGGCCGCGACGGAAGCUGGUGCUGAUGAAGACUUCGCAGACGUCGAAACGACGGCGGUCGGGACGCCUACGACGGCUUUGGCACCCCAGCCGGACGGCGACGCCCCUGCCACCACUGCUAGCGAAGGGAGCUCCGGCGGCGGCGGCGGCCCAGACGCGGCGAUGAGCGCGGGCAUCGGCGCCGUGGGGGCUGUCGUCCUCCUGGCGCUCUUCGGCGGCGGCGUCGUCUGGCGCAGGAGACGGGCAAAGGCAGCGCUGCGGCGAGGCGGCGAGGCGGCGGCGCUUCAAAGCACCGACGAGGGCUACGACCCGAAGACCCGCGAGGCUCUGCUGCAGCGGCACAAGGAGACGACGGCUGUCGUCGAGCGAGGUAUGACGGUGACCUCGGCCCUGCUCGGCGCUGCGAGCGGCCUGCCGCUCGUCGGACCGCUGUGCCAGGUCGCCAAGGGGAUUCUCGGCGACGUCGAGGAGUUCUCGGAGAAAGCAGACGAUGUGCUGGUUGCGGCAAGACGCGUCAUUGACGUCUUGGACGUGGUUGAUCUCAUGUCGAAGAACGUCUCGAAGUGCUCAGACGGCAAAGAUAUUGCCCAAGCGAACAUGCAGCGGCUCAUCGACUUACUGAAGGAAUUCCACGCGGCCGUGCGCGCGUUCGGGCAGAAGGGCUGGCUCAAGCGCGCGUUCACCAUGCAGAGCCAUGUCAAGAAGCUGGGACUCAUCGACAAGCGCAUCGUCGAGCAGCUGGGCGUCUUCCGACUGAGCUACCGGUUGGCGAUCGAUUCUCAGAUGAUGGAGCGGACCUACCAGAUCGAGCAGUCCAUCGCGGCGCUCGUCGCGAAGCGCGUCGUCGAGAAAGGAGAAUCCGAGGAGGCGGCGGCGGCGGCGCUCUCGGAGGACGCCGUCGCGAUCACGUCGGUCGCGGUCGACGCGCGCGUGCCGCCGACGGAGAUCGCGGUCGAGAUGCGCGAGUUCCGGCUCGAGGUCAAGGAGGGCCUGAGCAAGUUGGACAAGAAGAUGAACAAAAUGCUGGAUGCAGUGCAUAAUCAAAUUGUCGCGGCGCGUCUCGAAGGCCAUCGCGUGGCGGCGUGGUCUCUCACCGCUCGAUUCAGCCAGCACGGCCGCGUUCUCGCCGAUAAAGGACUCCGUGAAGAAUUAUCGGGUGCACCCGACUCACUGGUUGAUUUGCGCGCAGGCUGGAUGGUAGAACCGUGGACAAGCAGCAGCUCAAGUCGAUCCUUGUCGCCGUCAAAGCCGGCGUGGGACGGGACGAGAAGCUCAUGGCGGCCGUCCAGGCGGGCGCGGCGCGCGACAAGCGGAUCCUGGCGGCCAUCGAGGCUGGCAACGAACGCAACGCGUCUAUUCGACGAAACGUCCACGAGCUCGGCGGGGCGCUGCGGAAGACGAAGUCGCGGGAGCUGGUCAAGCGCAUGAAAGAGGCGGCCUUGGGGCAGUCCGAGCUCGAGCUCGAGGACGUGGAGGAACUGCCUUUCGCGGAGGGCGGCCAGGGGGCGGUCUUUCGCGGCUACCUGGGCGGAGAGAUUGUUUGCCUGAAGAAAAUCAGCAUGGUCGGGGUCCCCGCCCUCAAGCGCACGAAGAUGCUCUCGUCGUUCAAAACCGAGCUAGGGAUCAUGAUCCGCCUGCGGCAUCCGCGCACGGUCCAGGUCCUCGGCGUCGUCACCACCAACCCAUCCUUCCUCGGCCUCGUGAUGGAGUAUCUGCCCGGCGGAUCGCUGCGGCACGCGCUCGACCGCGACGACGAGGUGAUCACGCCGGAGUACCAGCGCUUCUGGACGGCGGACGUGGCGCUGGGCAUGGCGCACCUCUAUAGCUGCAAGAUCGAGCAUCGCGACUUGAAGACCCACAACGUGCUGCUCUGUGUGGAAAUCAACCAGUGUGUCGCGUGCACCCGAUAAUUCUUCACUAAGUCAUUUCUCGGUGAUGACGCGGCCGUGCUGGCUCCGUCGAGCGGCGAGGAAUCGGCAUCGCCACGCCAUCGAGCAGGCGUCGCGUCGAUGGCGUGGAGGACGACGCGAUGAUUCGGCACGAACGCGCCGUAAAAUGUUGAUUUCCACACAGGUGCUGCUCACGCACGACGGGCGGUGCAAGGUGACCGACUUUGGGCUCUCUCGCUGCGAGGAGCUGAAGACGUUCACGACGACCGCGACGAUGAGAGACAGCGCCGCGGGGACGCCCGCGUUCAUGGCGCCGGAAUUAUUUGAGGACAACACCUUCACGGAGAAGUCCGACGUCUACAGCUAUGCGGUCGUCCUGUGGGAGAUUUACGACCGUGGGAUCCCCUGGGCGGGACUCAAGCCGCAACAAAUUCUCUACAAGCUCAUCAAGGAGCAGAGGCUGGACGUACCAAAGUCCAUGCCCCGCGACCUCAGCUCUCUCAUGGAGCGCGCGUGGGCCCAGGACCCGGACGCUCGCCCGAGCUUCGCCGACAUUUGCAAGGAACUCCAGGCGACGACGCCGCGUCGCCCUUCUUCGAUCAGCCGCCCCUGGAGCGCCAGCUCGCCCACGGCCGGCGACGCGCCUCCGCCCGCCAGCGUCGCGAGCGGUCAAGGGUCCUCACGGUCUCUGGCCAGCUCCGUCAUGAACAUGUUCCGGGCGGCGCAGUCGGAUGAGGCCGCGGCAAAGUCCGCCGACGCGCAGUCUGUCGAGGAGGACACCUCGAGCGCGUCGCCGGCGGUCAAGGGAGGCGCCAAAGCGGCGAAGAACGCGGACUCGACGAGCAGGAUCAACACGGUCUUCGAGCCGAUGCGGACGUGGUACGGCGCACCGGCGCGCGCGGCGCUGAAAAAGACGCACGGCGCGUACCCGGCGACACCGGAGGCGCUCGCGAAUUGGAAGUCCUUCGGGCCCGUGACGACGGCCUUCCUCGACGACCAGGGCGUGGCACCGGCGGCACGAGCGACCAAGGCGGGGACGCGGUCGAAGUGGUAUGGAAAGUCUACGAAGACGGCAGCCAAGGCGCCCGCCAAAGCGCCACCGAAGAAAGCGCCACCGAAGAAGCAGGCGAAGCCGGCCGCGCGCAAGCCGACGACCGGCGCGCCGGCCCCCGCGCCCGCCGCGGCCAGGAAGCGCGGCCUGUUCUCCAAAGGGCGGGCCGCUCAGCCCAAACCCGUCGUCGACGAGAGCCAGCCCGCGCCGGCGCCGGCGGCUCGGCCGGCGCCGGCGCCGGCGCCGGCGCCGGCACCCGCGCGGCGCGGCUUGUUCGCGUCACUCGUGGGCGCCAAGAAGCUGGCGGCGCGGAAGCCGCAAUUCGCGCCGGCGUCCGGCGAGGCUGGAGCCGCCGACCCGGAGGAACCUGCGGACGAAGCUGCCGACCCGGAGGAAAUCAAUUUAUGCUACGACGACUCGGCGCAGGGCGGUUCCGCGGGGACCUUUUUGGGACGGACCCUGGACAUCUUCCAAGGCGCGGGGGCGCUCGUUGCGCGCGAAGAUGAUACGGCCGAGGUGGCGCUCACCGAAGCGCAAGAGGAUGCGCUCAGGAAGGUCUUCAAUCGCGUCGACAUUUCGGGCGACGGACACAUCUCCGUGAUAGAAGCCAUCAAGGCGCUCCGCGGCGCGCGAAGUUCGACGGGCAUCGAGGCCGACUUCGCGCGGCUGCUGGGCCUCGACGACAUGACGCGCAUCCACCAGGAAGACGGCACGAGGGAUAAGCUGAUGCUGGCCUUCGGCGCGCUCGACGCGGACGGCGACAAAAAGCUGUCAUACGAGGAGUUCCGGCGCGUGGUGGCGAGCGCGGCGACGGCGCGGGACCCCGUGCUGGCGCUCGAUCCGUAG